AUGGUAGAACGAGAGUCGGUUUAUGAUUUCUCUUCACGAGUUUCGGAGAUUGUAAACCAAAUCAAAAGUUGUGGAGAUACAAUUAAAGACAAAAGAGUUGUUGAAAAAGUGCUUCGAUGUCUCCCUUCAAAAUUCGAUCAUGUAGCCGUCGCAAUUGAAGAAUCAAAGGAUUUGUCUAAAAUGACCAUAUACGAGUUAACCAAAUCGCUUCUUGCACAUGAGCAAAGAAUCAAUCGUUCGAAUAAAUGGUAUUUGGAUAGCGGCGCUAGCAAUCACAUGACAGGAAAUAAAGAUAUCUUUGUAGAGAUCAAUCCAAAUAUCACUUCUCAAAUUAUUCUCGGAGAUGGAACGCAAAGAAGAGUAGAAAGAAAAUGCAUCAUUGCAGUCCAAACUAAGGGAGGUAACAGAGAACUUAUUACUGAUGUUCUUUAUGUGCCAAAUCUUUCAUAUAAUCUCUUUAAGUAUUGGACAACUCUUGCAAGAGAAUUUUUCGGUGCACUUUGA